UGACUGACAGGCUGGGGCGAAGCGGAACAAAAUGGCGGACAGGUUCUCCCGCUUCAACGAGGACAGGGACUUCCAGGGUAAUCACUUUGAUCAGUAUGAAGAAGGCCACCUGGAGAUUGAGCAGGCAUCCUUAGACAAGCCUAUAGAAUCGCAGUUGGCCCAAAUUAGCUAAGCAGCCAUGACCUGCCCAGUUUUUAAAGCCAGGAUAAUAUUGGACACCGCCUGCUACAGAAGCAUGGUUGGAAGCUGGGCCAGGGUUUGGGGAAAUCUCUCCAGGCAUAAUGAUCCGGGACUUGUUGUGGUGAUGGUAAACUUAGUGGUAGAACAGAUCCGAUCCCCAUCGUUGUCAAGUAUGAUGUCAUGGGCAUGGGGCGGAUGGAAAUGGAGCUUGAUUAUGCUGAAGAUGCUACAGAACGGAGGAGGGUCUUGGAAGUGGAGAAGGAAGAUACGGAAGAGCUGAGGCAGAAAUACAAGGAUUAUGUGGACAAAGAAAAAGCCAUUGCCAAGGCCCUCGAAGACCUUCGAGCCAACUUCUAUUGUGAACUCUGUGAUAAACAGUAUCAAAAGCAUCAAGAGUUUGACAACCACAUAAAUUCCUAUGACCAUGCCCACAAACAGAGACUGAAGGAUCUCAAGCAAAGAGAAUUUGCUCGGAAUGUCUCUUCAAGAUCCCGGAAAGAUGAAAGGAAGCAGGAGAAAGCCCUCCGGCGUCUGCAUGAGCUUGCUGAGCAGAGAAAGCAGCCUGAAUGUGCUCCCGGAAGCGGGCCAAUGUUCAGAACCACCACUGUGGCUGUAGACGAAGAAGGAGGAGAAGAGGAGGCAGAUGUGGCGGCUCCUAGCAGCUGUUCCUCCUUCUCACCAGCUUCUGGGCAGACCAUCCAUGUGACCAUAGACAAAGCCAUUGCUUAUUCCAGUGGCCAGGCCAGCAACAAUCCAGGGCUCGGGCAAGUUCCCAUACAGUCACCGCAGACCAUCAGCCUUGGCGUCAACCCUCUGCAGAAGAUAGGGGUAUCUUUCUCCUUUGCCAAAAAGGCUCCUGUGAAGCUGGAGUCCAUCGCCUCUGUCUUCAAAGACCACGUGGACGAGGCAGGCUCUCCUGAUGAAGUCAAAGCUGACGACAGAGCCCAUCCUGACUCCGGAGCUUUAGGGAAGAUUGGGGAAGCGGAGAGGACCAACAGCCCUGACAGCAAGGGAGAUGAAGAGGAGCAGCAGCAGGAGAAAGACGGAGCAAGCACCUCACUGUUGAAACCGAAGAAGGUAAAGCGAGAGGACGGACCGUUGGCACUAGAACCGGAGUAUUAUCACUAUAUCCCACCAGCCCACUGCAAGGUGAAACCCAACUUCCAGUUCCUGCUCUUCAUGAAGGCCACGGAGCAGGUGGAAGCGGAAGCCGCAAGCAAGAAAGUGGCACGUGAAAGGAAACAGAGCAAUUCCCCCAAGCCCAAAGUGGCCAAGAAUGGUGAUAAGGUGGCGGUAGCUGAGUGUGCUGACCAGCUGAAAGAGCCCAGCCCCACCAACAAAAGCAGCAAAAUGGAAGAAAAGGAAAUUCUUGAGGAUACGAGUGUGCCGGAAGGUAAACAGCCCAAGGAAGGCAGCACUACUGAGCUGGAUGCCCUGAAAGACCAUGCCCACCCAGCGCCAGCCAGUAAAGAAGCAGCGGAUGGGCCCAAGCAUUUAACAGGGCCUUUCUUCCCUGUGCUGAGCAAGGAUGAGAGCACCACCCUCCAGUGGCCUUCAGAACUGCUUAUUUUCACUAAAGCAGAACCCUCCGUUUCGUACAGCUGCAAUCCCUUAUAUUUUGACUUCAAGUUGUCUCGAAACAAAGACAGUAAAGCAAAAGGGGCAGAAAAACCGAAAGCAGCAGCCAGUCUUUCAAAAGAAAAUGCACCCUCUGCCGAGGGCGGGGAUGUGAGCAAGAGCAAAGAACCGGGCCCCCUCCCUGGCGGCUCCUCCACCCUGCCGGAGAGCAAGUCCCUGCCAGCGUGCAGCAAGCAGGAGUCCAGCCCUGGGAACAGCAGCAGGGGCGACGUCCCGGAAGAUGCCGGGAAAGGCAACCUCGUUAGCCACAAGGACAAGCUGGGGAAGUCCCACAAACACAAAAAGAAGAAAAAGCACAAGAAAUCCGCCAAACAAAAACGCCGGCGCAAGGGCAAGGCAGAAGAGAAAAGCCGGGAGGGGGACAUGGCCGAAGAGAGAUCCAAGAAGCGAAAGAAACACAAACACAAAAAGAGCAAGUGUUUCCUUCCCACGGAGGGUGAGCGAGCGCAAGGGACUGAAGACGCUGGCCAUCCCAAGAAAAGAAAGUGGUGCCCUCAGGAUUCCCAGCGGGCAUCGGUUUCUACCGAGGAAGGCGGUGGCAGCAAGAGAGAGGAGAGCGGCCCCUUGUCCCAAGAGCACAGCAGCAAAAAACACAAAGGUGACCCACAACAGGAGCUGCCUGCCGCCAAGAGACGGCCUCCUGCAGCAGCCGUGGGCCGCCCCUGCUAUAAGGGCCGACAGAGCAGCGGCUGUUACGAAAGCGACGAGGACUCCUGCCGCAAGCACUUCAGGCAGAAGUCAGCGUCGCACUACAGUGAUUACGACUCGGGCAGCGACUGCUCCCGGAGCCGCUCCCGCUCAGGCCGGAGGCAUUCCUCCCGAAGGUCGUCUCAGAGGUCGUACUCGACUAGCUCCUACGCCUCCUCGGACCACAGCCGCUACAGCCACAGGCGGAGCUACUCAGAGGACAGCUACAGCGACUACAGCGACCGGUCGCGGAGUCGCACCAAGCGUUCCCACGACUCAGAAGAUGAUUCAGACUAUACUAGUUCCAAGCGCAGGUCAAAACGGCACAAAUAUUCCUCUUCGGAAGACGACUACAGCCUAAGCCGGAGCCGGUCUCGAAGCCGGAGCAGGAGUCGAACCCACGCCAGGGGAAGGUCGAGGACGAGAAGUCGGGGCAGGACACGCAGCAGCAGCUGCAGCCGCAGCCGAAGUAAGCGCAGGAGCCGCAGCCGAACGGGCCACAGCUGGAAAAGGAGCCGGAGCUACAGCCGGGAGCGCAGCCGGAGCACAAGAAGUCUGUCACAAAGAUCUCUUUCCAGGAAGGGGUCCCGAGGCCACGAGAGCCCUGGUGAGAGGCGGUCUGGGCGGAGAGAUUUCAUCCGGUCCAAGAUCUAUCGCUCACAGUCCCCCCACUACUUCCGAGCAAGGGGAGGGGAGGGGCCUCCAAGAAAGGAGGAAGCGAGAGGAGACGAAGCCACAGGGGCGAGCACUCUCUCCCAGAACAGCAACACCGCCAACUUGGGGAGCAACUGCAGCUCUGAGGAGAAGAACUCUGCUACGGCCAAGCUGCUUUUGGAAAAGGUUCAGUCCCGGAAGGUGGAGAAGAAGACUGGCGGGAACGAGGACGGCCCAGGGGGAGCCCACAAGGUUGGAAUAAAGUUGAAGGAUCCCCCCCAGGGCUACUUUGGCCCAAAGCUCCCGCCCUCGCUAGGCAACAAGCCCGUCCUCCCAUUAAUCGGAAAGCUCCCUACAGUCCGGAAACCAAGUGCCAAGCGGUGUGAGGAGGCUGGGUUAGACAGAGGAGAGGAACCAGAACUCUCUGAGCCAGAAGAUGCCGCCCCUGAUAGUGGGGAAGCAGCCCAUGCAAACCAGCCCGCAGUGGAAGAGGCCGAAGUGAGGAGAGAUCAGGAUACCCUUCCUGGAGACCAGCCCUCGGAAGAAGCGGCCGCGGAAGUGGCCGCGGUCCCCCUCGAACCGCCAGUGCUCCCCGAGUCCUACGGGUCAGGUGAGCUGGUCGUGCCCCACAGCCUCCUCUCUGAUCCCAGCGAAAGUGAAGUGCUGGAGUCUCUGGACGGUGGAAACCAGCCUGUCUCCAUAGAAGGCAGGAUAGUCCCCUUAGUGCCUGAUGUUGAGCACUUCCCGAGCUACAUGCCCCAGAGUGGGGAAGCCAGCAUCGGCGGGGAGCUGGAAGGCGCUGAGGAUUCCUCCCUGGCCCCGCUGGAGAGCCAGCCCAUCACCUUCACCCCCGAGGAGAUGGAGAAGUACAGCAAGCUCCAGCAGGCCGCGCAGCAGCAUAUCCAGCAGCAGCUCCUGGCGAAGCAGGUCAAGGCCUUCCCUGCCUCCGCCGCUCUGGCCCCCGCGGCAGCCCCCGCCCUGCAGCCCAUCCACAUCCAGCAGCCGGCGGCAGCCGCCGCCACCUCCAUCACCACCGUCCAGCACGCCAUCCUUCAGCAUCAUGCAGCUGCCGCGGCAGCCGCCAUCGGGAUCCACCCCCACCCUCACCCCCAGCCCCUGGCUCAAGUGCACCACAUCCCCCAGCCCCACCUGACCCCCAUCUCGCUGUCCCACCUGACCCACUCCAUCAUCCCGGGGCAUCCGGCCACCUUCCUGGCCAGCCACCCCAUCCAUAUCAUCCCCGCUUCUGCCAUCCACCCCGGCCCCUUCACCUUCCACCCCGUCCCUCACGCCGCCCUCUACCCGACCCUUUUAGCGCCCCGGCCAGCUACGGCGGCGGCUGCCACAGCGUUACACCUCCACCCGCUCCUGCACCCCAUUUUCUCAGGUCAGGACUUGCAACAUCCCCCGAGCCAUGGCACAUGAGAGAGCAAAGGGGAAAAGCUGCCUCCUUCAGGGUGGGGGAAGGGACCUGGAGGGUGUGAGUGGCGCGCGGGGGUUACUCUCCAGCCCUGGAAAGGCACUGAGGAUAUGUGAGAAGAGCCAAAGAAGGGCCAGGCCGGGCACGGCAGGAGGGGCUCACGGGUAACACGACCGGAGCAGCCCUGCAGCAGGGGGGGAAGCCGUGCGGCUGGCGAAGGUUUUCAGGGGCCCCUGCAUCCGUGGGGGGGGGGAUGGUUGGCUGCUCUGGGCAUCAGGUCCUUUGGGAGGUUGUCCUCUUCCCCCCACCCAUAACUUCUCUGAUGCUCCUGUUUUCAAUCCACUCUGAAACGAAGCAGAUGAAACCUGAAUUAUGUUGACUUUGUUACCUGUGUUUGGGGUCACCUUACGCUGAGCCCCUCCCCGAUGAAGUUCAGUUCUUGGACCGCCCCCCUCCCCCCCCGUUGCCGCCCACUUCCAUUUUGAGGACCAUGUAAUGCAGCCCCACCGAUCGUCCUAUCGCCAGCGUUGCUUGCCGACGCCCCGUUUCCAUUGUCCGACAAGCUUGGCGAUGCUGCCCCUUCAGACACUCCGCGAUGCUGCUGAGAGAGAACAGAGAGCGAGUCCUUCUCAGACCUUGAAGCAAUAGAGUGGACUGGAGUCUUGUGAACGUCCUAAACGCGGCUCUGUACAUUGUACUUUUUCCUCUGUAAUAUUGAUGGUUCCUUAUUAACUUAUGAUUUUUUUUUUUAGAAGAAAGUUUUAAAAAAAAAAUUGCACUGAACUUCUGUAUAUGUCGACGUGCUGCUUUUCGUAGCUCCUCUGACACACUUGUUCCAUAUAGGUAGUAAUACUGCAAUAACACUUUUGACAGCCGUUCUUUGAGUGGUUCUCGUUCCAGUGGCUUCGGUUUAUCCACGUUCUGAUUUAGUUGGAAAGAAGACUUUUGUCGAAGGCUCCCGUGUCCCUAGAUUCAGCUGGGCGCAAGAUGACUUCAAGCAUGUAUAUUUUGUCGAGCUCAUGUAUUUUUUUUUUUUUUUGCAGGGUGGAGU